UGCUGGAUGGUUUACGUAUUAGAACACCGUAUUCGACAUACAAGAUGGACUUCACCGUGCCAAAAGAUGUCAGUCCUGAACUGGAUUUACUUCUUACCCGUCUAGCAAAAGAUUUUCAUGAUGGAUAUUUAACUGAAAAAGGUUAUAUCAAAAAGAGAAUGGAGCUACUGGGAGUUAUGGUCUCAGCUACUUCUGAAAAUCACACCGAACCUAAUACAGAGGGGUUACAGACUGUUAGUACGAGGCAAUCGGCUUCAAUUUCAGACAGAGCCUCCGAAGAUUUUUUCAGACCUUCACACACUAUAUCUCAUUCAGUCGAUGAAAGUUCAAAUGCGCAACCUGUUUUAUAUGAUGACGAGUUCCUAGAAAAAUACCACAAUCUGGGAAGCACUUAUGAUUCUAAUAUAAGGAGAGAAUUACAGAAACCUUUAGAUCCCAGGGAUGUUUCUUCUCAUAUUGAAAACGCAAAUGAGUUUGACAACUUGGCUAUGAUUUUACGUAAACGAGCAAAAAUAUACGAGAAAGAACCAGCAGUUUUGGUCGUUGAUGAGAAAGGAAAAGAAAGCAAGGUAAUCACCUGGGACAAGCUAUAUUACAGGGCAGAAAAAAUUGCCAAACAGAUCAAAAAUAAAGUAGCCCUUUAUCCAGGAGAUCGAGUGUGUUUGAUUUAUCAAAAUGUUGAAAUAAUAGAUUUUAUGGUGGCAUUUUACGGUUGUUUCUUAGCCGGUGUUGUUGCCGUUCCCUUAGCCAGUUCAAUGCCUUCCAAAGAGUUGGCAACUGUGAUGAGAAACACUCAAUCUCAUCUUUGUUUGAUGUCUGAUUCUGUACAUAAGUAUUUUGAAAAACAAUCCAAACAAACGAAGUCGGUUCUUUGGCCGAAAGGUAUGAUUGUAUGGAAGACUUCAGCAUUAGGCACGUACAAGCCAUCUAAAAAGGAUGGAGACCCUCCUUUGAAAAUUUCAGAUCUUGCUUACAUAGACUAUUCAAAGGGAUCAUCGGGUGAAUUAAGGGGAGUUGUCAUGUCUCAUCGAACAGUCAUCAAUCAAAUGAAAAUGCUAGACAAAAUAUUAUCCACCUCACCAAAUAUAGUAUCUCCGUUAACAAGAUCAACUUUGAAAUCAACUCGCCCCAAAAACAGUAUUUUGAGUACUCUGGAUGUACGAGGAUCCAUCGGACUAAUAUUUUCAAUGCUAUUUACUGUUUACAGUGGAAAUUUGUUUAUAUGGCUGCAAUCAAAAACUGCUGAAGUUCCAGGUCUUUAUGCAAAUAUGCUCUCUUGUUAUAGAUCCUCUAUAACAUUAACUGAUUAUUUCACAUUGAAAAACGUGGUUUAUAAUUAUCAAUCCUUUCCCCAAAACACUAGGACUUUCAGCAAGAAAAAAGUUGAUCUAUCUCCACUUUGUUGGUGUUUAAUAGAUUCAUCAACAGUAGAUUGCGAAUUCAAUGAGAUUUUAAGUGAUCGAUGGCUCAAGCCUCUGGGAAGCAAACAUAGCAAAAGAAUAAUUUCUCCUAUACUCACUUUAAGUGAACACGGUGGUGCCAUUAUAUCUAUGAGGGAUUGGUAUGGAAACGAAGAUCAAUUGGGAUGUAUAUUCAACAAGUCUGAGAAUUCAGAAACAUUAGACGAAUUUGGUGAUGACGAUCAUGCCGAUAGAUUGUCUGAAGUUAUGAUUGAUAAGGAAUCUCUCACUACAAACUCGGUCAAAGUCAUUAAUGAUGCACCAAUAAAUUACUCUCUAGCCGAGUCCAACUCUGAUUCUAACUAUAUUAGGGUGGGUGCUUUUGGAUACCCUCUUCCAGAUGCAACUUUGGCUCUUGUAAAUCCGGAAAGUAAGGUCUUAAGUAGCUUGUUAGAGGUUGGUGAAAUAUGGGUGGAUUCAAAUUGUAUUUCUGGUGGCUAUUGGGGCUUGCCAGACGAAACUGAGGCAAUAUUCCAAGCCGAGUGUUCCGAUUAUGAAGGCAUCUUGAGCUUGAAAUUUGUUAGAACUGAGCUGCUAGGUUUCAUUUAUAAUGGAAAAAUUUACGUCCUUGGGCUGUAUGAGGAUAGGAUAAAUCAAAGAGUGACAUGGUAUGACCAAUACCUUGGAAUGUCUACAGAUGAUAACAACAAUCAACUUUUACCUGUCAUCAAUGACCGUACAAAGUCUAUGACUUCUGAUGCCGAAAGUAUUUACAAAACCAUGAUGAAAAAGAAAUACAACAAUUGGGGAAGGUUAGACCUGUCAAAAAACUUGUCAAAUAAGUCUCUCUAUAAGUACCAUUACUCCAAUCACCUAGCUAAAACUUUGGCGAAAAACGUACCUUAUUUCAAAGAUUGUGCAUUUUUCAACAUGAAAGUAAAUAAUGAAUAUGUCCCUGUUGGAAUUAUGGAAUCUGGAUUGAGCACGGAUAAAUCAGUCUCUGGAAAGGUUGAACUACAAUCAAUGCUUACAGAAGCUUUAAAUUUGUUAGAAAAACAUCAUAAUGUGAGACUAUUUUUUUUGGUGGUCACUAAAGUGGGGGCACUUUCACGGACGUUGAAAAGUGGAAGACUUGAAAUUGCUAACAGUCUUACCAAAAGACGUUUCCUUGAAGGUCGCCUGCCAAGUGUUUAUGUUUCUUUUAAACCAUACAAUUCUUUGGGUUCAAUUUAUCAUGGUGAAGACUUAGUUGGUGGUAUUUGGUCACCGUAUAGUACUGCUGUCAGGAAUGACAUGUUGAGCUAUUCUGAUUUUCAAAGUUCAGGUAUGGAUACAAGAGAUUCAAGUGUUGAUGACCGGUUCCAUAUCAAUCUUACCGACUUUGCAAAUCCCAUUCUUUUAUUGCAAUAUAGAGCCAGUAAACAAUCCGAUGAGUUGGCAUAUACUAGCAUUGACGGUACAAAUGCAAAAGAAAAUAAACAGUCCACAUGGAAGAAGUUUGAAAGCAGAGUUUUUACGGUUUGCUCUUACAUUUUAGAGAAAUCAACAAUCAUGUCAGGUGACUGUGUUAUAUUAUUAUACCCUUUAUGCGAAGAUUACAUUGCAUGCCUAUUUGCAUGUUGGAUGGCUGGAUUCACAGUCAUACCACUGCCUACAUUUGCUAAGGACCCUCAGUCCAUAGAUGAAGAUGUUGAAACUUUUGUUAAUGCUGUUAAGGAGUACAAUGUGAAGGCGAUUUUUGUCAAUAACGAAACAGAGAACCUUUUAAAAAAUAAACCUGUAAGUUCCAAAAUCAGUGCAUUGGCUUCCAAGAUAAACUUGGAAAUCCCAAAGUUAAGAAAUACGGUAAAACAUUCAAAAACAUUAUCAGCGGGAAAAUCAACCUACAAGAGAAUGGAACAAUAUUCAGAGAAAAAACGUUCCAGAAAAAACUCAGAUUAUUGUAUGAUAUGGUUAGAUUUAACACCCGAUAAUGUAUGUACCAGCGUCGGGUUAUCAUUUAAAAACUUGAUGAAUAUGUGUCUCAGUUUGAAAGAAACGUGUCAAAUGAGUAGCACUGCACCACUUCUUGGUUGUGCUAAUUACACAGUCGGCUUAGGAUUUUUACAAAGUAGUAUUAUGGGAGUUUACUUGGGUGUAACGACUUAUUUAAUGUCCAUGGCUGAGUAUGGACUUCACACCAGCAUGUUUUAUCAAGCUAUAGCAAGGUACAACAUCGAAAACAUUUAUCUUACAGGUAAAAUGUUCAAGUAUGCCUUGAAUAAAAACUCAAUGGGAAAAAUUAACUUGAAAACGUUGAGAAAUUUAAUGUUAAGCUGGUCUGGUUGCCGUGCUGAUCCGUCUUUGCUUUCCAAAUUCAAAGAAACUUUAGUUCUAUCCAAUGUCAAAUCUAAAACCAUUUCCCAUAUCUAUGAUCACAAGAUGAAUCCAAUGAUAAGUACAAGAUCAUUUUUGUCGUUUGCUCCUGUUGUAUUAUGGCUUGAUCCUUAUGGGUUAUCUCAAGGCUAUAUCAGUAUUGUUAAUCCAAAAGACGCUCCAAAUGCGAUUCCAGUUGUCGACUCUGGCGUAGUCUCAGUUAACACUGAGGUAGUUGUUGUUAACCCUCAGACAGAAGAGCUGUGCAAGGUAGGUGAGUUUGGUGAAAUAUGGGUUUCAUCGAAAUCUACAGCCAGUGGAUUUGCGGGAAAGGACGACAAUUCUACCAAUAAAGAGUAUUUGAAGGGCAAGCUAAAUAACAGAAAUGGAACAUUUUUGCGUACGGGUGACUUCGGAUUUCUACAUACCAUUACAAAAAACACCGACAAAAAUAAGCAAAUCGAAAUGCAACUUUUAUUCAAUCUUGGAAAAAUUGACGAAACGUUCGAUUAUUGUGGAUUGCAAUUUUUUGCAAGUGAUAUUGAAAGGUGUAUGGAUUCUUUUGCUGGAAUGAACCGGUGUUGUGUUUUCAAAGCAGGAGAUUAUACCGUUCUAGUUGCUGCAACAUCGACCGGUAGAAGUUUAAGUACAGUCACACCGCUCAUGAUUGUGAAGCUCUUGAACCAGUUUAAAAUUGUUAUUGAUAUAAUCUCAUUUGUUGAUUCUAACGGUUUGCCAACCUCGAGAGAUGGCAUGAUACAACGUAUGCAAUUAGUUCGGAAGUGGUUAAAUAAAACACUCAAAGUUAACGAAACAUUCGGCAUAUCUUACGGUGAAAACGAAAUGAUCAAAGCCAUCAAGAUGCAAGAAUGGGUGGAGGAUAGAUUGUCGAAGUGAGCUCAUUGUAUUUAGUUUUGUAACAUAGGAUGUAAACAUAGUUGUUAAAUAUAAAUCUCGGAGAUUGUUUACGUAACAUGA